AUACAACUAAAAGGUUUCAAAAACAUUAGUAGCAUUCUCCACUUGUUAAAACCAAGAAAAAAAUAAAAACAGAAACUUUCUCUGUUUCCCCUGCCUUGCUCUGUUUCUCACUUGUCCCUCUGUUUUCGUUCUCUCUGUUUCUAUAUGCUCUCAGGCAGCAAAGUAUCUGCAACAGUCAUGGUAGUCUCUAACUUUUCUCAAUACAGAGAAAUGGCAGCUACCAAGGCUUUUCUUGUUUUUGAAUCCUCUUUUGACAACAUCAAACUCAAGAAAGCAAACGCACUUAAGAAGCAUCGACAGCUCCAAAAGAUAGCCAACUUCUUUAGGUUCAUAGAAGUAUGUAUUGUGCUUGCUUUGAUUUCAAGGUUUUCGAUUCGACUCCCAGUUGCUGUCAAGAACUCUAGUGAAUACUUCAAGGACUUAACUGUCAUCCUUGUAAGCCCUCGCUUCGUGUUUGUCCUUGGAAAUGUCAUAGUCAUCACUCUUUUUGCAAAAUCAGGCCAGUUUUCAAGUCAAGAUUCUACUGGUAAGAAUUCAAGAACUGAUAUUUACGAAGAAUUUCUUCAAAAAAGUGAGAGAAGUCAUGGGAUGCACCUAUAUGAACCUCAAAACAAAGCAAAACAGAGCAUAAACAGAGGAAAACAGGGCGCUUGUGUUCAGCACACAGUAACUGGUGAAGAAACUCGUGCUGCUUUGGAAAUCAAGAAUUAUCAGAGAAGCCAAUCGGAGAAAUUAUUAAUAAAAGCUAAUCCAAAUAAGUCUUGCAGGGAAUUGAGGCGGUCCGCAACAGAGAAAUUCAAGGAAAAUGUUGAGUCUAGCGAGGGAUGGGUAAAAAUUUCAUAUCCUGAAGAUAGUAUGAGCAAUGAAGAAUUUAGAUGCACAGUGGAGGCUUUUAUUGCUAGGCAAAAGAGGUUUAGAAGAGAUGAGGAAACUUAUGUUUUAGAGUAAUUUGUUUCAUAAAUAUAAGCAAAUUCAAGUCUUUCUUCCUUUUCUUUUCUUUUUUUUUUUUUUACACUUCUAUAGUGUUAAUAGCCAUAUGAAGUACAUGUUUGUACAUUGCUAAAUCAUAAAUGCAAUGUAAAUUUUCCUUUUUGAAGUUCA